UUGAGAUCAACGACACUAUUGGAAAUCAGAAAUUCAUGCGGUUUGUCGAUAAGGAAAGCUCGACACCAAGGACUACGGGAAAUUAUCGACAUUCGUGAUGGAUAUGGGUUGGUGCAACGUUAUUGGACUUCUUGCGUUUUACGUAGCGGUUGUCGUCACCCAACCGCGAGUCAAGACACCCUACGGCGAAAUUCAGGGAAUCUACGGCACUUCCUACAACGGAAAACAGUUUUCCCAGUUUUUGGGAGUGCCCUACGCGGAGCCGCCCAUUGGAGAUCUAAGAUUCGAGGUACCACAACCUUUGGAGAAAUGGAGUGGAAUUUGGAACGCGAACUUCUCAACGCACUGCAUCCAAGUGAAUCACCAGCCCGAGCCCGAGGGAGGCAUCUUGGAAGGCCAAGAAGACUGUCUAUACCUCAAUAUUUUCGUGCCCCACGCGAAAGGUCCACACGAUGUUAUCGUGCACAUUCACGGCGGUGCGUUCAACUUCGGGGGCCUGGACUGCUACGCCGGACCGGGGUAUUUGAUGGACGCCGACGUCGUUUUGGUUACGAUCAACUACCGGCUGGGCCCUUUGGGUUUCCUCAGCGCCGAGGACGAGGUGAUUCCGGGAAACGUCGGCAUGAAGGAUCAAUCUGCCGCGUUGAAGUGGAUCAAAGAAAACGUGGAGUAUUUCGGCGGCAAUCCUGAGUCGAUUACAAUUUCGGGUUUCUCGGCAGGUGGCGCCAGCGUACAUUACCACUACCUUUCCCCGCUGUCCAAAGGGUUGUUUCACAGAGGGAUAUCAGUGAGUGGUACUGCGCUGGCGCCGUGGAGCUUGCAGGAGAAUGCGAGGGAGAAGGCGCACAGGUUGGCAGCCGCGCUUGGUUGCCCUACGUCGCCCAGUGAGGAGCUGCUCAAGUGUCUCAAGGACAGGCCGGCCGUGCAAAUCGUCGACAGUGUUCGAAUGUUUAGACCGUGGCUGUACAAUCCAUUUUCACCCUUUGGAAUAGUCGUGGAGAAGAGUGGGGAUGGCGCCUUCUUGAACGAGCACCCUUACGUCUUGUUGAGCCAGGGGAAUGUACUCGAUCUUCCGUGGCUUACGUCGGUCGCGUCCGCAGAGGGUCUCUACCCGGCUGCAGAUUUCCUCCUAAAGGACCAUUACCUUGACGAUUUGGAGGAGAGAUGGGAAGAACUGGCACCUGCAGUUUUGGAUUAUAACUACACGCUUUCGCCCCAUUUGCACUCACGGGUCGCCGAACUGGUGAAGGAGUUCUACUUGAAGGGCGAGGACAUCUCGCCUGCGACUUUCGACGACCUUGUGGAAAUGAUCGGAGACAGACACUUCUUCGCGUCCGCGGAGAAGGCAUCAAAACUGCAAGCGGACAAAAAUGAAUCUCCCGUCUACUUCUACUACUUCAACUACAUGGGGGAGAAAGUCGGGACAUUUGCUGCCCUAUGGAGCACGUCUGAACACAGAUACGGUGUCUCCCACGGUGACGAUCUGGCUUUCGUCUUUUCAAGCACCCAACGCAAGCUCUCCAAGAUGACAUCGCGAGACGAAAAAAUGAAAGACAUCUUCAUCGACAUGUGGAAGUCGUUCGCUCACGGCGGCGUGCCCAAAGUGGACGAUGUCAAAUGGGAGCCGGUCUCGGACGAGCAGUUGCACUACCUCCGCAUUAACUCGCCCGAAGACAUGGAGUUGGAGUCGCCGGAGGAUUUUGGCAAUCGUGCCUUUUGGGACAAGAUACCUUUCCGGGAGGAUGAAAAUUUUGGCAAAGCCGUCAAAGACGAAUUGUAAAAUUUGUAAACAAACAACAAUCAUACUUUUGAAGGAUCUAUUAAAGAAUCCUCUUAUCUUACUUCGCA